UAUUUGCACCAAAAAAUUUCAAUGCAUGAAAAUUAAACAUGGUUGUUGGUAGUUUGACUGUGAGUUGUGGUUAGUGGGUCCAGUCAUGGGACUCCCACCUGCAGUUGGUACUCAGUCAAAUGACUUCCUCUUUCUCAGCCAAUUUCAUUGUUUACCUCUGUGAAAAAGUAAUCAUGGUAAUGUCUAUCACACCUGAAUGUGACUAACUACACUAAAAUAUAUCUUGGAAAAGAUUUUUGAGUAACUUGAUGUUUUCAAUGAUAUAAUUGGGCUUAUUUGUUUUUUUUUUUCUUUUUCCUUAGCCUUUUUAAAAGGUCAGCUGCCAAGUGCCAAUUUGUUGUGUAUAUGCUUCAAAACACUUAUUCUCAUUCUGUCUGGUUGUUCAUUUUCAAACUUCCAAUGAUCAAUACAUAAAUUCUAUAAAGCAUUAAACUGCAGCACUGGAAUAGAAAAGCAUGGUGGUUAUCAUUUUUUUUUCCAUAACUGUGCAGGUGAAGAUCUGGGAUCCUACUCUUCGUGGUUCUGAACUUAGGGCAACUUUGAAAGGACAUACAAAGACUGUCCGUGCAAUAAGUUCUGAUCGUGGGAAAGUGGUAUCAGGAUCUGAUGAUCAGUCUGUUAUUGUAUGGGAUAAACAAACAUCUCAACUUCUAGAAGAGCUAAAAGGUCAUGAUGGACAGGUCAGCUGUGUGCGUAUGCUGUCAGGAGAACGUGUCCUUACUGCUGCCCAUGAUGGAACUGUGAAGAUGUGGGAUGUGAGAACUGAUACGUGUGUGGCAACUGUUGGUCGUUGCUCGAGUGCAGUUCUUUGCAUGGAGUAUGAUGACUCAACAGGAAUCUUGGCUGCUGGUGGUAGAGAUGCGGUUGCAAACAUUUGGGACAUUCGUGCCGGUCAGCAGAUGCACAAGCUUUUAGGGCAUACUAUAAAAGAAAGGGAAAAGAAUAUCUUCCUUUUUGAAUGA